AUGCCGCCGAACCAGUGUAUGCUCAGCCGGAAUGUCCUUCUGAUGGAGUGGAAGAACAAACUGAAGCCUAGACGCAUUUUCUUUUCUGUAGUAGCUAAUAGAGCACUCUUGCAUGGCUCCGUCGGGAUCAAAAAGCCGAGGUAUCAUCCGCUGCGAUCUAGCGUGAAAUCGAAGCCCGCAGACGCAUCGGGAUCUUCUUCAGCUUCUAGAAGUAUAAAAACUAGAGUAAGGUCUUCAUCAACCAUCAGCCAGAGUGUAAGUGCUCUUGAUCUAUCGGCGAAGGACAAAUCUGCAAAAACUCCACGAAGGCUCUCAAUACCCACCAAGUCUGCCUUUAGUCCUCACCAAGCUUCGGUUGGAAGCAUUACACCAGUAUCAGCAACCGGAGCCAGGAGGUCAAGCAUUCAGCAAAAAAGUGAUACACAGUUAUCUGAUGUUUCAAAGUCAUCAUGUAGGCUGUACUAUGUCUCUUACUGGUUAACACAGAUCAAACUUGCUGAAUCAGCUUCCAAACACUCGGUUUCCCUUGGUUUCUUCAAGCUUGCUCUGGAGUUAGGAUGUGAGCCCCUCCAGCGGAUAAGGGAGGAGCUUAAAUCAUAUGUACACAAACACAACCUUUUAGCAGAACUUGGAGAAGCUACAAAAGAUCUCCUUCAGAGAUAUAACAUAUUAGAAGAAGAAUCUGAGCACCUAAAACUCUCUGAGGACAGUUCUAAGUUACAGGAAAACGGAAGUACUGCUUCAAACCAAAACAUUCGCAGCUCUUGUGCUUUAACAGGGUCUGGGAAUCAGAAACCCAAGUCAUUGAUUUCAAAAGCCCUUACUGUUUCAGAAGCAAAGGAGGUCCAGAGAGUGCCUGUGGCUAAGGAAAAGCCAUCAAGCAUCAAGAAUCCAGGGCAUUUUGUCGCUGUGAAAGAUGCCAAUGUUAAUAAUGCACAGAAGAAAUCUCUGAAGCCAAGCAGGGUUGAUUCCAACCGUAGCAAUGCAAAAGUCAAGAGUUUAACAACGGAAGCUCUUAGCAAGAAAGGUGAUUUAGUUGAUCCAGCUCUUACUGGGGAGGCAGCGAUUGAAGACAGAGACAUACUUGAAGAUAAAGAGAACAUGCAUUAUCAUGAUUCCCAGUCCAUAAAUGGGGCUGUGUUGAAGGAAGAUGUUCAGACAUAA